GCAGCGGAGGCUGUUCUGCCGCUCUGCCUGCCCUCCGGCUUUCUCUGCCUGUUCACAUCAGCCUUUGUCUUCUAAGGGUGGUGGCCCAAUGCCACUUCCUCUGGGAAGUUUUUCCUGCCUGGAAGUCACUUCUCUGUUCUUCCCAUGUAUGCCCACCUACUAGAGUGGUCAUUUUGCUCUGCUUCCUUACAGCCAGCGGCUUACCUGCCUGUUGCACCUGUCUGUCAUAUUCAUCUUACAACCCCUUGCUGAGCAAAUGCUUUGUAGUUGUUUGAGGAAAGAUGGGAAAAGAAAGGAAGGAAAAAGGAGUGAAUCCUCUCCUCACCCCCAUCCUCCACCCCAGCCCGGAGCGGCUUCUGAUCUGAGACCCAAGCUGGCCUGGCUUUCUCUCAGAACUGAGCAUGUGGGGACAAGCGUCCCUAGGGUCAAAUCGUGCCCUUCUCCUCUCCUCUUAAGCCUGGGUGUGUCGGUGGCUCUUGUCCAGAGGGGAGAAGACACUUCACACUGAGCCCCCUCCCCACCAUUCCUCCUCAAAUAUCCCAUUUCCACGUUGCCUGGGGCAGAAUGGGUCUCCGGAGCGGAGUGGGUCUGGAGGGAAGGGGAGGGGAGGAUGGAAAGACCUAAUGAGAAUUAUAAAGCCAGCCUUGGAAGGCUUCAGGAGGGGCAGGAAGAGGCUGAUUCAGUCCCAAGAGCCAGGAGGAGGCGGGAGGCAGCGGUCAGGAAACUGCAUCUCUGAGGAGGGUCUGACAAGAGAGGGAGAGCCAGGCAGAGGUGGGCCUGAGUCUGCAGACGUCACCUUGGGCUUCAUAAAAGAGGAAGUGAUCAGAGAGUUGGCCAGAGUGAGCCUAGGAGCCCAGCUCCCCGCGCUCCCAGCCAUCACCCACCCAAGUAGCCUCAUCACCGCAGAGACCCUGCCAAGCUCUCACCUGGCCAGGCCAGAGCCAAGGUGCCAUUGAGUCGAUUUCAACCCUAUGGACAACAGAACGAAACAGUGCCCUGUGCUGCGCCAUCCUCACAAUUGUUGCUAUGUUUGAGCCCAUUGUUGCAGCCACUGUGUCAAUCCGUCUUGUUGAGUGGGCACUUCUAGGACCUGCCUCUUCUCACCAGGAUGAACCCAUUAGUUUCUCGGCAGCUUCUGUUUUUCCUCUGUGCCACCUCCUUUGGGGAGACGUUAGAAAGGGUGGCUUCUGCCAAGAAGCCUCGAUGCACAGGCCCGCAGCUCGCAGCAGCUCGGACCCUAGGCUUUCCCGGCCCCCUGGGAGCAGCGGUGCGCAGAGAAGCAGCCGGGCCGACCCCUCGGAGCGCCUCGCUGUGCCCGCCCCCCGAGAGCCCUGCUAGGCCCCAGCAGCCAGGCCCGUUCGCCCCGCAGCCGCCAGAUCCCCUGGGCGCGGUGCUGGUGCAGCGAGAGAAGGACCUGGCCACCUACAACUGGAACUCCUUCUGCGAGCAGCUGUUGGUGCCGCCGGGAGGGCGCGCGCGGGCGGGGCGCCAGCAGGGGCUGAGGGGCAGGGGCCCUGCCGGGGCGUGCGGGGCUUGGGCUGGGGCCGGGCCGGGAGGGACCCGACUGGGAUUUCUAUCCUGA